GCUAUGGCGUCUCAAAAGUUCGCUCCGUCUCAGACGGUGACAUUCAAUGUCAGCUCGGACUCGUACACGACGUUCAUAUCCACUCUCCGGGGCGCUCUAGCGGGCACCAAACCCGACAAGGUGCGGGACCGCCCCGUGCUGGCCAAGCAGACCGGCGAGACCGCCCAGCCGCCGCGGUGGAUCCACGUCGUGCUCAACGCCGGCGACGGCGGCGCGGCACCCAAGGUGGCCAUCCGGAGCGACAACGCCUACAUCGCUGGCUUCGCCAACCGCCCCAAGGGCAGCACUGAAGACGUGUGGUUCCAGCUGAGCCCGAGGGGCAGCACCCAGCUGUUCAAGGGCGCCAAGAUGCUCGGCUUCAAUGGCCACUACUCGACGCUGGUCGGCGGCGACGGCGUCAAAGACCUCCCAAACCUGAAGCUCGGCAAGGAGAGGACGUUGGAGGCCGCCAGCGUGCUCUGGAACUACAAGCAGGACAAGCUGAUGAUGGGGUGCACCGACACCGCCGUCGGCGCCGACCCGCAGCAGAACCUGAAGAGGAAGCUGGCGCUACUCGCCGUGACCUUGUGCGAGGCCGCGAGGCUGGAUCCCGUGCGCGCCGUGAUCGACGGCGGCUGGAAGCGGGAGCUGUCCAUCACCAAUAAGGAGGUCGGCUACAUCGGAGACUGGAGCGACCUCUCCACGGCGCUGCUGGCAUGGAAGGCUGACAAGUUCAGCAACGACACCAAGCAUUUCUCCAAGUUUGCAGGCAUCGGGAUCAGCGACGGGAACGCAGCCCUGGCGGUGGUGCAGCUCCUGCUCAACAAGCCGCCGAAGAAGGGCUUCCUGGCCUGGCUCAAGCACCUGUGGGGGCUUCUGGUGAGGAAGAACAACUCCCAGCAGAUGCAGCAGGAGGAGAAACAAUACGAGCAGCAGAAGCCCGCCGAGAAGGGGAAGAUCAGGCGGGGACCAAAGAGCUCAUCCGUCGUUAACCCUCUUUAAUUCACCAGUCAUGCACCACCACUAAUCCGAGAAGAAAAUCAAUACAAAGCAGGUAGACAAAUAUAAUUAAGUUCACGGCAUGGAUAUGGUGUCACAAGUGCAAGGAAUUUGUAAGUUCACAAAUAAAAUAAUGUUGAGUGUUUGUAAUAAGUCGUCGUUUACAGAAUAAAGUCGAGGUUGUAAAUCGUUUAUAAAAAGUUCAGUUUGUAAUCCUUCAACAUUACAUAAAAUUAUAUGUU